CGAGUCAUAAGACACACCUGUGCGCUCAGCCACGUGGUUUCUAGUUGAUAACUAUUGAGUACUGCGUAAGUUCGUACCAUUAUGGAAGCCGGAUUUGUAAAAGGGUUGAGUGACAAUUCGCCCAACAUUGACAUUUAUGCAGUGAUGAAAUUUAUUUCUUCAAAUCCAUCAUACACAAGCGCGGAAAUAAAAGGUGUGAAACUUUGGGAGCUCAUGAAGACCAUCUGCUGCUGUUUACGCAUUCCUGGGGAAGACAAAAAGUGGCCAGUAGGCACAACGAGCAAAGUAUACAGAAUACUAAUAGUUUGGUCACCCAGCGGUCAAACCAGGGGCGUCUUAAAUGGAAGUUUUUCAUUGAGAAGUUAAUUAAU